UUUGCAAUGUACAGCCAUUUCCAUUCACGCGUGCACCAGACAGCGGGACAGACAGUAUGUCUGACUCUAUACAACUAACUGACUACCACGUGUCCACAGAAACAGGAUUUUUGUUGGAGAAGCCUCAGGAAUAUUUACCAGAUUACUUUGAGCCAUGGAACCGCCUGGCGAAGUCUAUGCCAGACCUGGUAACCAGGCACAUGAUGCGAGAGGCCGUGAGAGAGAUGCCCCUGUUAGAUCACUCCAAGUUGGCCGGGUACCGUCAGAAGCGGUUGGCCCACCUGCAGUUGGUUCUCAUAACAUCCGGGUACAUGUGGCAGGAGGGGGAUGCAGGAGUAGUAGAGCGUCUACCUGAAUGUGUUGCGGUACCACUGUGGCAUGUUUCCAACACCCUGGGUCUGAAGCCGGUCAUCAGCCACCCUGAUGUGUGUCUGGCUAACUGGAAGUAUACUUAUGACAAAGGGGAGAUCGAGGUUCUGUACGCACUUCCUGGAGGAUCAAGCAGCAACUGGUUCUUCAAGGUUACCUGCUUCGUAGAGUUGGCCUUCGCCAAAAAUUUACCGUCAGUCCAGAAUGUACUAGAUGGCGUCGUGGCAGAUGACAAUGUCAAGGUCACAUCCGGGCUAGCAGGUCUGACGACUAUGGUCGGGAACAUGCAGUCUGCCUUGUGUAGGAUGCAUGAACAUUUAUCAGCUGAUACAUUCUACAACACAGUGCGGCCAUAUCUUGGAGGAUGGGGUGGAUCGUCCAGCCCUCUCCCCGAUGGGAUUAUUUAUGAAGGUAUAUCAGAGGAGCCAGUUCAGGUUAUUGGUGGGAGUGCAGCUCAGAGCACAACGCUUCAGCUCAUUGACGUUCUCCUCGGAGUCAUACAUAAGCCGGACAAACAGGCCUUCCUGGAUGAGAUGAGGGACUACAUGCCUCCCGCCCACAAACAGCUGGUCCUUGAUGUGAUGGAAAUGCCACGGAAAUUGCCUUCUAUGGUGGCAGAUUCAGGAGACACAGAUCUGACAAAAGCUUACAACAAGUGUCUGACAGCUGUCACCCAGUUCCGCAGUUACCACAUACAGGUCGUAACAAAGUAUAUCGUGUCAGCUUCCAAGAGAACGAGUGAUGAGAACAACUACCAGAGUCUUGCUGACAAGGGCACCGGUGGAUCAGAUCUUCUGCCUUUCCUGAAGGCCCUGAGAGACGACACUAAGAGGAAAAGAACCAAUAGCGACAGCAGUAUGACAGCAGAGUUCCAACAGUGAUAGUCAAUCUUCCCGAGGCAUGGGCAUAAACUGACUAUAUAAGUCCAGUUUCCACCCAUGCCGAACUUGGCUGGAAUUUCUUAGCUCUAUCAUAGCGGCUGUUACGAGUUAUGUCCCUUUAAUG